AUGUUCUGAUGCUAAUCACCUUGAUUUUGGAUAUCCUGAUACUUUUGAUACUGUUUAUCUUGAUCUCGAACACCCUAAUAAUAAUCAUUUUGACCUUGAUAUUAAAUAUCCUGAUGCUUUUGAUACUAUUUAUCUUGAUCUUGGACAUCCUAAUAAUGAUUGCUUUGAUCUUGAUAUUGAAUAUCCUGAUAUUUCUGAUACUGUUUACCUUGAUCUUGGAUACCUUGAUACUGAUCAUCUUGACCUUGAUAUUAAAUAUCCUGAUGCUUCUGAUAUUGUUUACCUUAAUCUUGAACACCUUGGUGUUAAUUAUCUUGACUUUGAUAUUCUAAUACUGAUUAUCUUGACCUUGAUUUUGGACAUCCUAAUGCUGAUAGUAUUAAAAAUUAUGAUUCUCUUUAGUAUUUAA